CCGCACCGCCAUGGGCCCCAAGCGGCCCAAAACCGACGGGGGCGCCUCGCCGGGGGCCGCGGGCAAGAGCUGGGAGGCCGAGCUGGUGUCCGCCCACCUCGAGGAGGAUGACUGGAAGCCUAGCAUUGCUUUUGUGGUUGGUUCCAAAAUUGAAGAUGAAAUCCACACCGAGGCCCUGUCUCUUGCUGUGCAGGUGCCACAGCGGAAGCUCUUCAGUGUGGUAACACGUGAAGACAUUUUCAGACAGAUCAGAGAAUCUGGGAAUCAAAAGGGAAAAAAGGUUAAGGAUGUGCCGAUGUACUAUGAGGUGAUAGAAGUAGCCAAAGCUAUUCUGGAUAGGGGGGAAGAAAUUCCUGUAACACUAAUUGGAAAGCUGUUGAAAUUUCAACUGCUUUGUCUCAAACAGAAGGACCUUCAGAGAAGAGAAGCUGAAAAGAAGGCAGAAGAAGAGCAACAAAAGGAAAAACAUGGAGGGAAAGAGAAAGAUAAACCUCCUGGCAAGAAGGAGAACCUUCAUGCCAAGACAGUUGAGAAGGAAAAGAAAGAAAAAAAGACAGAAGUAGCACCAGUUGCCAUUAAAAAGGACACCCAGUUGAAGAGACGAGGAGAAGUGGAAGAGGAAGACAAAUACAUCGAUGAUGAACCAGAUGAUGGUGCCCAUCAUUACUUUAUAAUUUUGGAUUUCCACAACCUUCAGCUGUUGCCUGUGAUGCUUGAGCUUGGGAUUAACAUUUCAAGUAUAAUUAGAAUUUCUUCCGAGAAGUAUCAGCCCUUGCAAGCGUACUUGGAAGCAACUAAACUUGAAGGAGAAUCUUUCCUUUCACCCACAGUUGUAGAAGCAGAGGAAACAAAGAAGGAUGAAGCUAUCAAAGACCUGGAAACAUUUUGGAAAUACCUGGAGCCAGUUCUGAACAGUGGAAAGCAUGGAUCAAGUCUCUUUGAUAUUGCUAGACUUCAUCACGUAGUUAAGGAGAGUGACUUUCCUCCGGAUUGGUCUGAUAGAGAAAUGCUGCUUGCAUUUGGAACUGUGCUGUUUGAAAGCAUUGCUUGCUUAAUGUAUGACUGCCUGGACUGGAGAAGACAGCAUUCUAACUACUUGGAAAACACCAAGUUUAUUAAUGUGCCUGCAUUAUCAGAGAGCAAGUCCACACAACCACCUGUAACUGAGGUACGAUCAGCAUCACAGAUCACACCUUCAAAGAAAAAAGGGCAAGCAGAAGAAAUUCCGUCAACAGUAAAUUUGUCACAGGAGGAAGAAGCUUCUUUUUUGACUACUUCUGUGGACAUGAGGUAUUACGAUGACUUGCUGAGUCAGAUUCCUGAGGAAUACUUUUCUAUACCCUUACUGCUGAACUGCAUGUUGGAACAGGUUAUUGCAAGUGAAGAAGACCUUACACCACCUAGUCUGGUGGUACCAGAGCCUCGGGCAGAUGGGCUGCAUCAUACCAUUGCAGAUCAUAUAGCCUCUGUCAUUCCUUCUCUUUCCCUUUCUGAGAGUGAAAAAAAGAAUCUAUAUGAAUACUUUUCUCCUAAAUACAGUGAAAAAAAGACUGUCACCCUGAAGUACCCUCUCUUAUUUAACUACCAUGAUACCCUGGCUCAGCGGUUGCACCUGCUGAAGGUCCAGGGGAACUUAAAUCUGGAAAAAGUUGAACAUGAAAUGAUGGAUAAACUGCCUCUUACAGAACUUACCCAUUUCACCCUUCCUUCAGCUGCAAAGAGCACUAAACGCUUGGCUGGAGUUCAUGAGCUCAUGCAUUAUUGUACCAGUGAACUUCUGAGUCAGGCUGAAGUAGAAAGAGCCUUCAGAGUGUUUACUUUUGAAAGCCUGAGGCUGACUGAGCUGAGUGACUCUGGUCUCUUGGAGAGCUCUGGAUCUAUGGCUGGAGGUGAUUCUGAAGUGUCUUAUAUCCCUUGGGACAAUCCAGCCAGGUUUGCAAGACAGCUGAGACAACUCUUCCUUAUGGAAAAGAAGCUUAACGGGAAAUCUCCAAGAGGCUCUGAACAUACAGAAACAAAUGGCAAAGAUGGAAAAGACGGUCUGGAUGAUCCUGUUUUGAGAAAAGAAUCGGAUCUCCUUAUUUCUGAUAUGGAGAGUCCGGAAAAUGAUGGCGUAGGACCAAACUUAGAAGAAAUAAAAAAGACACAGAGGCGUUGUUUGACAGACUGGAGUUUUGCUGAGCAUUUUCAACCCCAUAUUCUUCUUCAGGUUCUUCAUACCGCAUCCCAAGAAUAUAGAUGUAUUGAUUCCUUUUAUUAUACUCAAGAUAACUCCUUGCUAAUGGUUCUUCACAAUCCUAUGAAUCAUUAUCGUUUGAGCCAAGAGACUUGGGAUGUUACACUGCACUCUAAUGUGGGAUUCAGAAACUAUCUUGAGCUGGUGGCCAACUCAAUUGAAGACUGGGUGAAAGAGGAAGAAGCCAAAUACCAGGAAGAGAAGAUGGCUAAGGAAAUAGAGUCUCUUAAACCGGAAAAAGCCAUCGCAGAAGGAUCUUUUGCAUUGUCUUCAUGUGCUGCCAAAAAACCUGGCCUCCCUAAGAAAGACAAAAGCAGCGUGUCAGAACUUGAGAGCAUAACAGAGGCUAUUCCAGAAAGUGAAAAAAGUCCUUUUAUCAGAGAAGGCUCUCUAAAGGCUUGGAAGAAGGAGCAGGACCAAUUACUAGAAGAACAACUACUUAAGGAAUUAAAAAAAGAAAAAAAAGAAAAGUUGGGAGGUAAAAAGAAAGAACAGGAGAUAAUAAGUGAAGAAAGUAACGAUUCCAACAAGAAAUCUUCCCAAGAGAAGUAUAAAGAUGAGCCAGCAGAAGGCCCUGAACUUGAGGAUCCCAGCAUCCCAGAACCACAUUCUGAGAAAGUUUAUAAAUUUCUUGGCUACAAUACAGGGGAGGAUCUCAUUCAAGUAUCAGGAACCAAUCAAUAUCUUUUUCCAUCUGAUGGAGGACAGAUUCAAGUAGAGAAGAUAGAUUUUGUAAAAGGUCCAACUUUGAUAAAGGUGAAAGUGAUAAAAGACAACCACAAUUUCUUCAUUCACAUCACAGACCCUGAGGAAAACCUAAAAGAAAUUGAAGUGCAAGAAAUUAAUGAAGAACAGGGAAUUGGAUCAGGAAAGCUGAACAAUCAAAAGAAAGCUGUGAGCCAGUUUGGAUCUUUUUCAGCCACCUUGGAAAAUGGAAUCCAGCUGUCCCUGAGCUAUUAUGGACCUACAGGGAAGACAGCAGAUGAUAAAAAAGAUCCUGUCUUAGCAAGAAUUCUGAACAUCCCUUCUGUUCAUAUUCCGACCAUAAUUACUCCUGUUACAUCAGCUUCAGAAAAAAAAGAUAAGUCCGUCAAACAAAAAUCAGGAAAAUCUCUACCAUCUGCAAAAACAAGCCGUAGCAAAAUAGGCCCUUCACCACCUGAUGACCCGGUAAAGCAGGAACAAGAAAAGACAGAAAUCGAAGAAUCAGCUUCUCAAACACAAGUGAUGACAAAUGCUCUUGCUUUCCGAAGUCUGAAUGUCUCCUGUCCCAAUGGACUAGUAUUAACUUUCCUUGGUGAAAAUUUUGGAGGUUUGAAAGGUGAAGCCACUACAGCUGAAGCUGAGAAAGAGCUGGCUGAAGAAGAGAAAGGUGAGGUCAAACCAAAUGAAGCAAAGGAGGAAAAGCUUAUGGGAGGUGGACAGAAGGACCCUGAAGUUACAGAAGGUGAAAUAAAGCACAAAGACACCAAAAGAGAACAGUCCAAGCAGCCUGCUCUGGAAAUUCUUGUUAGGCAGAGUUAUCCCCAAAAGGUAAAGAACUCUCAACUGUAUACAUCUGUGGCAAGGCAAACAGAACAAGAGGUGUCAAGGGUUAUCACCAGUCAAGGAACUGUCAUAAAAUACAUGAUGGAUGGAUCUACCCAGAUUUUGUUUGCUGAUGGCACAGUGAGCAAGAGUCCCGAUUCCGGCCCUGUCCUACCACCACCUACAGUUCCAGGUAAUAUGCAACCAAUACCAGAAUCGGAGCCUUCACCUGACACCAGCACUAAGAAAGAGAAUACCAAGUCUGAUGCAGAAAGAAAAAAAGGAAAAGGCAGUGACAGCAUGUUACACCCAAGCAAGGACAAGUUGUUUGAAAAUACUGUGCAGGAUCUGGUUAUUUCUGAGCCACCUAACGAGAACCAGGCAGGAACCUGGAUAACAACAACUCCAUCAGGCAUUCGAGUGGGCACCGAGGGAGCAAAGAGAAUGGAUCUGAAGCCACUGUUAACCUAUCAGGCAACUGACCCAGCUGAGGGAACGAUUAUGACUGUACGAGAUGAUGAAGUGAUAAUUGUUGAGAAGCUGGAUGGCAGCAGAGUGGUAGAUCAUGCUGAUGGAACUAGGAUCACAACUUUUUAUCAAAACUCUGAAGUUUUUGUACCAGAGCGCAGUAAGGAAACAGAUGAACCCUUGGAAGUCAUCACAAGGAAGGUGAAAUGUGUGCAAGUAGAGAAUCCUGAAUUUGCUACUGUUAUAACAAAUUGUGAGGACAGUACCUGUUGUACCAUCUUUGGAGAUGGAACAUCUAUUAUAGCAAAGCCCCAGGGAACAUAUCAGGUUUUGCCCAUUAAGACAGGCUCUCUUUUCAUUGAUGAAGAUUGCUCGGCAGUUUAUACCCAUGAAGUUAACGAUUUCAUCAGCAAGAAAGAGGAGAAACAAGCAGGGAGAUACAUUAUGAAACACACUUCCAGCACUAUUUGUGAGAUGAUGGAUCCUAAUGGAAAUCUUUUCAAGGUCAUGGCUGAUGGCAGCACAUCUGUGUGUGUUCCCAGCACUGACUCUGAUGACAUGGAAGAGAGAAGUUCAGCAUCAGUGCUCCCAGAAGUUAACAAACCUAUUGCUCAUGAUGAGCACAUCCCCAGGUUCUUCAUCAUCCACGCGGAUGGUUCUGGAACCGAGCUCCUGCGGAGCAGGGAUGUACACGAGUAUCUCGCCAAAGUCUGUAGUGAUCCCUCUACUGCUGUCUUGCAGGAUCCUGUACAAGGACGCCCAGGUGUUUUAAGUAUUACUGUCCUCCGCCCUUUGGCUGAAUCCUCCCCUUGGAUCAUGAAGAAAGAACCGGAGAGUAUUGUUCCUCCAAAUCUUCAGUCAAGUACCUCGAACACGUUUUCUCCUCUUGAGAGGAAGAUUGCAGAUCCCUCAGUCAGAAGACAUAUUUGGAAGGGUCUCUGCAUUGGAUCAAAAGAGCAGAUGUGCUUGCCAGUACCUGUGCGAAAAUGUCCUAAAAAACUGCAAAUUCGUCAGCUCUUCCAGUAUGAGCCACUCAGUGAUGAGUUAAGAGAAAAGCUGCAGCUUUCCCUUAAGGCAACACUAUUAAAAAAGCUCCACACCAAAAUCCCAAGGUUCUUCAUCAUCCACGCGGAUGGUUCUGGAACCGAGCUCCUGCGGAGCAGGGAUGUACACGAGUAUCUUGCCAAAGUCUGUAGUGAUCCCUCUACUGCUGUCUUGCAGGAUCCUGUACAAGGACGCCCAGGUGUUUUAAGUAUUACUGUCCUCCGCCCUUUGGCUGAAUCCUCCCCUUGGAUCAUGAAGAAAGAACCGGAGAGUAUUGUUCCUCCAAAUCUUCAGUCAAGUACCUCGAACACGUUUUCUCCUCUUGAGAGGAAGAUUGCAGAUCCCUCAGUCAGAAGACAUAUUUGGAAGGGUCUCUGCAUUGGAUCAAAAGAGCAGAUGUGCUUGCCAGUACCUGUGCGAAAAUGUCCUAAAAAACUGCAAAUUCGUCAGCUCUUCCAGUAUGAGCCACUCAGUGAUGAGUUAAGAGAAAAGCUGCAGCUUUCCCUUAAGGAAUAUAUAGACAACAUUUUAAAGCAGGACAAUGAGCUGGAAGAGAUGAAUAUAAAAGAACCAAGAACAGAAGAGGAAAAGGAGAAUGCUGCAAGUCUCGUUGACCUGGUUACAUCCUCCUCUAACUGGGACGACUCAUUUGAAGAUCUCAGUGCUAGAGCUGAUAUAACUGAGCUGUAUGAACAGGCAGUGGCUUCUCAUCACCCGUGUCACACAGAGAAGACAAUCACUACUCAAAGAGAGGACCAACAGCAGAGGAUCAGCCCGGAAGGAGUAACACCAGUGUCCAAGUGGCACAGCAGACUAGAAAAGCACAGGAAAGAACUUGAUGAAGAAAAGAAGAUCUUAAUGGCAAUAAAAAACAAAAUAAUUCCUCCAUAUUUUGAAUCAGAAUUCAGCAAGGAGUUUUUCCUGAAAAAGUUUCCUGAUGUGGAAGCACUGUCUAUGGAACUUCCUCCAGCUCAAAAAAAGCAAAGUGGGAAUUUCCCUCUAGAGCCAAUCAAAAAACCCAGUACAGCAUCUGAAUGUCUCAGUACCAUGAGUGAUUCCUCACCUUCACCUGGGCUUCCACUGCAGGCUCAUUCCGAACAGAAUGAAAGUUCCAGCAGCACAACAGACUUAAACAAAGCUGCAAGAUCACAAGACAUACCCUUUCAACGUAAAGUUCAGAGCCUGUUGGUGAAUGCUGCAGGAGAGCCAAGAAAAGAGAAAGUGAAAUUACCAUCAUCCCUUCAGGGGAGAAAACCAAAUUCCAUACCAAAUAAAAAGAUAGAGGAUCCUGUCGCAGGAAAGGUCAACACAUCUUCUCUUGCAACAACAAGACUGCAUCUUAGUGGGUUCCACCUCAUUCCACCCAGAGUGACACUUGGAGUGCUAAAGGAAGGCUGUACCUAUGCAACCACUGUGAUCCUGAAGAAUGUUGGUGUGAACUUCUCAAGGUUUCGGGUGAAGCAACCACCUCCACACACAGGACUGAGAGUGAUGUACACACCAGGACCUGUGGCAGCAGGCUUGCAAGUUGAACUGGAGAUAGAGAUUUUUGCCAUGGUAUUUGGAGGGGAAGAUACUAGUGGCCUUGAAGAAAUUUCCCAUGAUAUUGAAAUAUUAACAGAAACAGAGACUCUCCUCCUGCCUGUGAGAGCAACUGUGUUAACCAGUGACAUUUAUGAGUGCCGCCCACAAGGAUACCCCCAGGGUGGGAUGGCAGCAACAGUCCGGGCAGUUCCUACAAGCUCCAAGCCACAGUUCCGGAUUACACUCCCCCGAAAGCUUUCUAGUUAAAGUCAGAGCCCUAAAAGAAUAACAUGAAGAUCAGCAAUACCGAAAUACCUGAAUUGUAGCCCAAUGUUAUGGAAAUAUCCCAAUGUUGAGUUUUUCAUUUAUUUAAUCAGAUUAACAUGAAUAAAUAUUUUGGCUGUCCCCUAUUAAUGGGAAAA